AAAAAUUUGAAUACGUACAAUGAUAAUGACAAAAUCUAUCAUAGCUUUAUUAAGCAUUUUAAUGUUUUAUGCCUUGCAAGUAUUUGCACAAAAUUGUAUUUUAAAGGGAGGGCCUUAUUCCAACAAAAAAAAAGCAGUAGUAAAAGUUAAUAACACUGGAUUUUAUCCCGAUUGUCUUAUUGUUCGUGAUGGACAAAGUGUUGUUUGGUUGUGGGAUGAAGUUGGAGACCAUACAGUUACAAGUAAUGCAGGACCCUUUGGAAAUUGUAAUGAUAACUCAAGUCCUAUAUUAAAGAUAGAUGAAAAUGGACUUUAUGAAGGUGACGUAAUCAACGCAGGACCGUUCAAAUACGAUUCAAGCGACUCCUCAAACAACGUAUUUUAUUAUAAAUGCAUUUACCAUUGUUUUGGUGGCAUGUUUGGUAUGAUUAAAAUUAUUAAGAAGAAAAGGUAAUAACAAAAUAAGCAGU